UAUAAUCAAUGCAAAUAAUUAAAUUGGAAAUAUUUUUCCCAUAAAAACAUCAAAGAUAAAUGUAGUAAUUUUGAUCUUGUUUGAUGAUUACUAAAAGAAAACUUGUUAAAUUUGACAAUGCCAUUUGCUUCAGUGAAACUAAACAUUAAAAAAAAAAUGGAUCAGGAACAGGUCGUUUUUAUUUUUAGAAUUUAUUGGAGAUGUUAAAAUAAGAAUAAGAUAAUUAAAAACUAAAGCAACUUAAAUAUGAAUUAACCACGCUCAUGAUAAUAUAAUAAUGUAAGACGUGCAAAAACUAUAUCCGAUUGUUUGCCAAACCAAAACGAUACACAAGUGAGAGUUUUUUGGGCUGCUCUCCUUGGCGUGCGUCUUUUUGUAUUUGCUUUUCACGCAACAACAGAAGGUGUGUAAAGUGAGGUAAGUAGGAUUUCCCGUCAAAAAGAUAAAUCUCUCACUCCACUUCCUUUUAGAGCACCUAUAAUCGUCUAGAUUUUAGUCCGAGGUGUCAUUAGUCUGCCAACAAUGAAGAGUCGCUUUGGUCUGAUUUCGCUGGUGCUCUGCCAGAUGACCCAUGUCUGGGCCCAGCAGUCAAAAUUUGACGGCUUUAGUCCAAAACCAGGCACACAUUUUGACGCUUCCAAGGUGGUUUUCACCAACGAACCCUCGCAACCAGAAGUGGACAAAACGACCAACACAAAUGAACGGUUUGGAAUUUUCCUUCCGCCAAAUUUGCCUGGUGCCAAUUUUCCCGGCGGCCGGUGGUUCCCGUCAGGAAUGGCCAUUGAAAUGACUCCGGACACGAGACUGUCCAUUCGUCCCAAUGAAGCUGUUCGUCUGACCUUUGAGGUUAUAAAUUAUAGAGACGUUCCUCAGGGUAUAGUCAUGACGGCCACAGACACCGCUGGUUUAAUCAGAUACGUCAACCCACCAAGCGUUUUGGUGGCGCCGCGCGGUUCGAGCAGAGUUUCGGUGGAGCUCUUUCCGACGUCUGAAAACGCAGAAGGCCUGGUGAACACAGUCACUCUGGCGGGUCAAGUCAGAGAUGGCGGCUUCGUCACCAGGGCAGCCUUGGUCAGAGUUAGCAAGGAGACGGAAGAUGAUGGUUGGGAUCCGACAUGCAGUUUUUCUGUUCCUGGUGGUCAAUGCAGGGAGCAGAACUACAAUAAAGAUUCUUGUGUGACGGCGGGUUGGAAUGUGGAAGCUACGUUAAGGGAUGAUUUGUCAGGUUUGCUGAGAGUUGAGUCAUCGCCGCCCGGAGCUCUGGUGCUACCACCUAAGUUUAUCGCAGGCACGAGGGCACCCGUCACCGUCCUCCUCGCCUCAUCUUGCUGCCAGGACAAGAUAACGCUCAGGGUGUGGGACGCAAACGGAAACUCCAGAUCUUGCGAGAUCUACGUCCAAGGUCUCUUGGCCGGUGAAAUUGCGGCGAUUGUGCUUGGGUGCAUUUUGCUCAUUGCCCUGAUCGCCAUCAUUGUGAUGGCGGUGCUUCUGUGCCGCAGGAAAAGAGCUCACAGGCUGACCAGGCGGGAGCUUCCCACCAGACACUGAAAUUUAAUUUUAAUUUGCUAAUAUUUGAUAAUAAAAUUGUUGAUUACAUAAUAUAUAAU